CCUGAACAUCCACAGCUGGUGGUGCAACAAGUGCAGGCUUUAAAGUAUCACUGUACUAUAUCAGUACCAUCUUAGUUAUUACUACAAAGAUCAAACUGUCUCUUUGAGACCAACAAUGCCAGGUUUACUGCAUUCCUCAGAGCCGGAGGGAGAGAAACAAGCCAAGAUCCAGGAUUAAAUCAUUAUAUCACGCGACAAAGAAUAUAAAAGACAAAGCUGUGAUUUCCAUUUGUUUGUCAGAUGAGUGGAUGCUUUGUUAUCGGGCUUCCUGAUGUCUCCUUUCCAACUACCAUGAAGUCAAGACAACCUUGACCUCCACGUACGUCGCACAUUGUGAAGUGAAGCCAAGCUCCUUAGUCUUCCUGGCUGAACUUUGGAUGGAGAUAAUGAGGAAGUCCCGGUCCCGACACCUGUUGCUUGUUCCCAUUUUGAUAUAUUUCAUUUCCCUUAUCCUCUGCCCUGCGUCUGCAAGCUCAGGGCCUGACUUCGGAGCCCACCCGCGCUUCAUCUGCACCCCUAUUCCCGUGGACGCAGACCCUGCAUGCUUCCCCAUGGGGGGUCCUGGUGUAGGGCCAGGACAUCAAAGUGUACCCCCUGCUGGCUGGUGGGGGGCGAGCGAUGAGGCGAAAGCCACCAUCCUGCACCUCAGGGAGAGCCUCCUGCAGCAGAAAGAGACCAUCCUGGACCAGAGGGAGACCAUCAGAGAGCUGACGGCCAAGCUCAGCCUGUGUGAGGGUCUCGGACGGGGCCUCACGCCUCACGACGAGCACCACGGCUCAGACCCCCGUCACACAGGGGCGAACAGUCAUCACACGUACACUGACAACGGGCACUAUAGCAACCAGCAAGGUCCCCAUGAAAACCUUAUACCAGACUCACCGCACUACCCAUCCAUGGGGGGGCAGCGAUCUGAUGGGGGGCACAGCGACCACCAGGGGAAGGAUAAACAUGUGAGACCGGGGGACAUAACAUCGUCCCCAGAGCAGAUGGAGAGGAUGCUGCAGGCGCUGAAGGACAGGCUGGACAAUCUGCAGAAGAGGAACACGUCUGUGGCCUACUCCAGCUCUCUGAAGGAGCUUCUCCAGAGGAAGAUCAACGCUCUGGAGCAGCAGCUGCGCCGUCACACCUCCGCCCUCAGCAGCCAUGACCACCAUGAUGACGACAGCACCCACAGAGACGACAAAGACCAUCACCAUUCAGACGACCAUCACCAUUCAGACGAACACCACGACGAACACCACGAUGACCGCCACGACGACCGCCACGACGACCGCCACGACGACCGCCACGACGACCACCACGACGACCACCACAACGAUGACCACAAGAACGACCACAGGGCCAGCAGUCGCCAUACAGACCAUCACGAUGUGGACAGUGACCAUGACGACUACGAUGAAGGGCACCAUGAUGACGAUGAUGACGAUGAUGAUGAAGACCACCAUAGUAAUGAAGCAGACAGUCACAGUUAUCAUACACACACAGGGCCACAGACUGGUUUCCACUCAAAUAAACUGGAAACAAUGCUCAGCAAGCUGCACCUCCCAGGUCACAGCAGGGACAACUCUUUUAAUCUCGAAGGUUUCCAAAUCAGCUUCCCCAUGAGAACCAACUACAUGUACGGGCAGGUGAAGACGACGCUGAUGCAGGAGAUCUUCGCCAUGACGUUGUGUCUCUGGAUCAAGGCGGGCGCCGGGCAGACCCUGGGGACGCCCUUCUCUUACUCAGCACCAGGACAGGCUAAUGAAAUAGUGCUCAUUGAGUGGGGGGACAACCCCAUGGAGCUGCUGAUUGAUGACAAGGCCUUGACGCUCCCCCUGUCAUUGGGUGAUGGGGAGUGGCAUCACAUUUGUGUGACUUGGUCCACAAGGGAUGGGCAGUGGGAGGCCUACCAGGACGGAGAACAGAGGGGGUCCGGGACAAACCUUUCCCCCUGGCACCCGAUCAAAGCUGGAGGAGUCUUCAUCCUGGGACAGGAACAGGAUAUUCUGGGAGGCCGUUUUGAUGCCACUCAGUCUUUUGUGGGAGAGAUGUCAGACCUACAUUUGUGGUCACAUGUCCUGCCUCCCAGUGACAUCUACAGCCUGGCCUCAUGUGGCAGCGACCUCAAAGGAGACGUCAUCGCUUGGUCCGAGACAGAGGUGGAGCUUCAUGGAGGCGUCGCUAAAUACCCUUUUGACCCUGUCACUGAAAGGCCAUAACACCAGUGAAGUACUUGAAGAGAUAUCCUGAAAUGUACAAUAUUUAUCAUUCAUCAAAAGGUGCAAGAAUAAGAAAUCUCCCACUGACUUUCAGUUAUUUUGAGGAUGAUUAAUAGUGGCACCAACUGAAUGCCUUCCUUUAAACUUAAUCAGUGACUUUUUAUUUAAAAAUAACAAUAAAUCUAAUCUGUGUUUACAGAGACUUUGUAGUGAUCCUGGGCCUUAGGUUUUUGCCUCCUCUUUAAUCAUGAGCGACUAGCUAGUGUUUUAUUUUAAACAAACAGGUGCUGUAUGUGACAUAUUGUCAUAUCCUGAAAAAGUCUUAAUACUGUAGGGUCUAUGAUCAAAUCAGAUGACCUUAUGGGUUUUGGUGACAGUUUGAAAUGUUUGUUUAGAUUGUACGUAUGGGCAUAGAUAUGUCUCAAAAUUAUUUGUGUGAACAUAAAAAUAAUUUGUGUGUAAAUAUGUGAUUUGUAAAUGUAAAACAACAUCCACAAAUGCAU